AUGUCCCAACACACAGAUAUUGCGCGUUCGGCCAUCAUGACCUGCGCCUCAACUCCCGAGCAUAAACGCGAUGGGAAAUCCACAGGAAUCCCGUCGCAGUCGGGUACCGGGAAAGAUGCGACUCUUAUGCCUCCGCCGAAAUCGUUGGUCGGACGAGCGCUAGGGAAUGAACUGCAUUCCUCCGAUGCCCACAAGGGAUCCCAAGCCUCCAAGGAUGGUGUCGGGUUCGCCCUAACAGACACUCCGGUUUCUACCGCACCCUCGUCUCCACAAUUUCCCGCCAGCUCAUCAACCCCAAACCUCCCCGGUCGCGUGCGUGCAACCACACUCGACAUCCCCGGUCUCACCAAAUCGAAGGUCUCCCCCGAUGGACGAAUCGCCCAGCGAGAUGUUGGAUCCAAGCUGGUCAUUGUCAUGGUUGGCCUUCCUGCUCGAGGAAAGAGUUAUGUCACCAAGAAACUGGCGCGGUACCUGAAUUGGCUGCAGCAUGACACUGAGAUCUUCAAUGUUGGUAAUCGCCGUCGUGUGGCUGCUGGGAAGUCGCCAUCUGUCGCGGGGCGCCGUCCUAGCCAUCGGGCCAGCGUCAUCCACAGUGAACUUGUCGAUUCUGUCCGACGUCUAAGCGUCAGUGUUGGCACCUCGAACCAGCCCUCGCGUAAGGAGAUCCCCCGCCCCGAAGGUGGUACCUCAGCCGCUCCCCAAGAUGCGGUGUCGUCGCCCCCCGAACUUGACACCAAGCUUCCACCUCCCGCGUGUCCCACCAAAAUCUUGGUCAACGGCAAGGAGGAGGAUCCCUUACAAAACACGAUUGUGCCUCCGGCCAAUGCAGGCCUUGAAGACCAAGAGGCCAUGCGCGAAGCAUCCCCUGAGCCCAUUGAUCAGUCCGCCAAUUUCUUUGACCCCCAAAACCAACUUGCCGUUAAACUCAGGGAACAGGUGGCUCUGGACACCCUAGACGAGCUACUGGAAUACAUCCUCGAAAAGGGAGGGAGUGUUGGUAUUCUAGAUGCCACGAACAGUACUAUGGAGCGUCGGAAGACGAUCGUCGAGCAUAUUCGCCGGCGCGCCGGCACGGAGCUUAACAUUCUUUUCUUAGAAAGCAGCUGUGUGGACCAAGAGCUUUUAGAGGCCAACAUGCGCUUGAAGCUUUCUGGUCCUGAUUAUAAAGAUCAAGAUCCUGUUAAGGCCCUGGCAGAUUUCAAGCAGCGUGUUGCUCUUUAUGAGAAAUCCUAUGUUCCUUUGGGCGAUUAUGAAGAGAAGAACAACAUGGCCUUCAUUCAGAUGAUCGAUGUCGGACGCAAGAUUGUGGCCCACCAGACGCAUGGUUUUCUUUCCUCGCAGGUUGUGUACUACCUUCUCAACUUCAACCUUUCACCUCGUCAGAUUUGGAUUACGAGACAUGGUGAAAGCAAGGAUAACCAGCUGGGUCGCAUUGGCGGUGACUCCGAACUCAGCGAGAACGGCCACCGAUAUGCUAAGGCAUUGACUCGAUUCAUUGACCACCAACGGCGACAAUGGGAGCUUAUUCAAAGACAGAAGGAGAUGCUUCGACACCUACCGCCCCGCGCUGGCGACAGCACUCCUCCUAACCCAUCAUAUAUUCCGUGUGAUCGACCUCGCAACUACUGCGUCUGGUCUUCAAUGAUGCAACGCUCUAUUCAAACUGUGGACUACUUCAACGAAGAUGACUAUGAUGUGAAGCAGAUGAAAAUGCUUGACGAGCUCUACGCUGGUGAGAUGGAGGGUAUGACCUACGAUGAGAUUCGUGAGAAAUUCCCUGAAGAAUACCAAGCUCGUCGCAAGAACAAGCUUUUCUACAGAUACCCCGGGCCUGGCGGUGAGGGUUACAUGGACGUGAUCAACCGUCUUCGCGCUGUGAUCAUUGAGAUGGAGCGGACAACCGACCACAUUCUCUUGGUCACACACCGGUCUGUGGCGCGCGUUCUACUGGCAUACUUCCGUGGUCUGAAGCGCGAUGAAGUCGCCUCCCUGGAUGUACCCCUGGGCAUGCUUUAUAUGUUGGAGCCUAAGCCGUAUGGUGUGGAAUUCAAGGCUUAUCGUUACAACGCGAAGACAGACUGGUUCGACUACAUCCCCGACUUCAAACUGCAGCAGUCCAGCGUCUACUAG